UUCCCGCAGACAGCAGACCCAGCCUGGUCGUGACAACACUGGUUUACUGCCUUAUCGAACAUUCACCACAUGCAGUCAGUCGUCCCUUUCGCGCAUAAUCAGUGAUUGGCACCGGCGGAAGGAUUGCAUCGCCCAAUGAACCGCCCUGUCGCUGCAGCAUCCAUGCAACCCCGCCUCAUAAGACCUGUCGUCGGUGAUACUUGAGCAGCAGAUAAAUAUAUAGGUAUAGCUGAUCUGUCCGAGGUAAGGGACAUUGCUCAAAAGAUGUUGUCGUUGAAGCUUGGUGUUCUAACGCUUCUUGCGACGGCCAAUGGCGCGCCAACACGGUGGAGGAGUGCGAUGGUGAGGCGAACUGUCGCAGACCUCGCAGGAGAAUACGACUACAUCGUUGUGGGCGCGGGCACAGCAGGCACCACACUCGGCGACCGCCUCAGCGAAGACGGUAACAAAACAGUGCUGAUGAUCGAGUACGGCUCCCUCGCCCUUGACGAUUCCUUCAUGCCCCCCUGGAACGUGCCUUCAUCUGAGUUCCUCUACAACAUCAACUCCGUGCCCCAGACCUAUGUCAACAACAGGACUUUCCCAGUCAUCAACGGCCGCGUCGUUGGAGGCGCAAGUGCAGUCAACGGCCAACUGCACACACGUGGCAGCAAGCACGACUAUGAUAAUAUCGCCAAGUUCGCCGGCAACGAAGACUGGAAUUGGGACUCGCUUUACCCGUACUUCAAGAAGAGCGUAACGUUCCACGAGCCCACUGAUGAGAUGAAGGAGUUUGGCAUCACGUACGAUCUGGACGCUUGGGGUAACUCAACGCCAAUUCAUGCAGCAUUCCCGCCGUACCAGUACCCGGGGCAGCGCGUGCAGUGGCAGGGCUGGGCGGAGAGGGAAGGUAUAGAAGUGCAGAAAGAGCAUGCGAACGGGAAUGCGUACGGCGUGUGCUGGGUCCCCACGGCUAUGAAUCCUGACACAGGCUAUAAUCGCAGCUUUGCUGGCAUUGGCCACUGGCUCGAAGUCCCCAGACCAAACUUCCACCUCCUCACUGAGCACAGAGGUGUCAAGGUGAAUUUCGAGGAGGUCGACGGCCUUCAGCAGGCUGUUAGUGUGGUAGUAGCGCCGCGGUAUGGAAACGAUACGACCUUCGUCCUCAAAGCUCGAAAGGAGGUGAUUCUCUCCUCCUCCGCCGUUCGAACGCCGCAGAUCUUGCAACUGUCCGGUAUUGGGAGGAAAGUAGAUCUCGAAGCAGCCGGCGUGGAAGUCCUCAUCGAUUUGCCCGGUGUGGGAUGGAAUCUGCAAGACCACUCCUUCUCCGUGAGCAUGUACAAUUUCACCAAGGACCUGUGGCCGCACCCUUCCCAGAUGACCACAAACGCCACCUUCCGCGCCGAGGCUCUUGCAGAGUACAAGGCGAACAAUUCAGGCCCUUACGCUGCAUACGUCGUGAGCAGCGCCCUCUUCCUGCCCGGACCAACUUUCCUUGGCAACUACACCUCCACGCUGGCGGACAGCCUCGCCGCUCAAGACCCCGGCGCCCAUCUCCCCUCGGACACUCCGCCCGAGCUCAUCGCAGGCUAUGCGGCUCAGAAGGAGAUUCUGCACGCCUCCUUACUAUCCAACACCUCCGCCAUCCUUGAACACCCCUUCCAGGGCCUCCCUCGCGGCACCACAAUCCUCCUCAAACCCCUCUCACGCGGCACCAUAAAGCUCAAUACUUCGGAUCCCUUCGGCCCGCCCGUGGUUGACUACCGCCUGCUCAGCAACCCUCUCGACCUCCAACUCCACAUCCGCAUGCAACAAUACCUGCGCGCCCACUUCGCCACCUCGCGCGUCCUCGCGCCCCUCGGCCCCGUGGAAUUGGAUCCCGGCCCCUCCCUCCCCUCAGACGAGGAUGUUGCAUCGUGGCUCAUUGGGCAGGAAAAGCUGUUCGCGAGCAACGCGCACCAAGUAGGUACUACAGCGAUGGCGCCGAAGGAGCUGGGCGGCGUGGUGGACGGUAGAUUGAGGGUGUAUGGGACGAGGGGGUUGCGGGUAGUGGACUGUGGGGUGCUGGGGGUGUUGGUCGGGGCGCAUACUAUGGCUGCGGCGUAUAUGGUUGGGGAGAAGGCUGCGGAUUUGAUUAAGCAGGACGCGGUGUUGUAGGAUGUGGGGGAAGGCUGCAGAUUUGAUGAAACAGAGAUAGUAAGGCAGUUUGACACUGCAGGGUGCUGCUGUCUGUAUACAGCGAACUGCUCAAAGAGGAUGCGUACAAUGCAUUUUCGAGUGCAGCAGAUGCUGACACGCGACACUACAGUCCACCGAUCUGAUCAAGAAUGAGAACCAGUACAGCAUCACAGCCUUGACCAUACUCGUCAACCAGAUACCAGCUCUCACUUCACCACCUCCCUCCAGAAAACACACAAAAUCCACACCACCAUAAAUUACACAAUACACUCAAUGUACCACCACAUACACACGCCCUCAGACUAACAAGAACGCAGGAAGCGAGCGGCUUCUAGAAGCGCCGCGUGAGUCUUGCAGCACCACAUCUCGUCACG